UCCAAUUAGUGCGCAUCUAGCUGCUGAGGAUGGCGGCUCUCAGCGGCGGCGAGGACGUGCGAAUUGUGGAUAUUCGUGCGCUACUUAAAGCACAUGCAGCUAAGAGCGAGCUGCAGACGACGUUUCACGGCUGCAUAAAGCAUGUCCUGAUACCAGAAAUGAACCCUCCAGCUGACCUGAAGGAGGCUCUCAGGAUGAUCUUCUCCACCUCGUCUCACGAGGUCCAGAUGGGUCAGCUCCAGCAGUUUGUGGGCUACCUGUACAGUCAGACAAACCACCAGAGGGUGCGAUGGCUUCUCUCUCUUCUGGCCUCUCUCUCUGCCUCUGGGAUCAUAGCCUGCAGGGCUGUCUGUGAGCAGCUGCUGAGCCAUCUGGACCCUAGCAAUCUCUUAUUCUGGGCAGAGGCUCUGAGGACUGUGAAGGAGAUCGUUGGUGGGGUGGACUACAAGGGCUGCAGAGACCUCAUGAAACUCCUGUUUGACCGGUUCCACCGCAUUCCCCGCAGCCUGCCAAGCCCCCAGCUGUCCACUGUGGCAGCAGGCAGAGAUCUCCUGGCCUACAUUCUGGACCGCAAUGCCGCUCUCCUUCCUGCCUACUUUGCCUAUGAUGAGAUCUGCCGGCACUACCCGGACAAGACACGCCCCCCUCACUGGCUGCUCCAGGAGGCCAUUGCUCCUCUGCACAUGAGCAUGAAGACUCUAGCUGACCUGGUUUCAGGUGUGGUACUACCUUACCUCAGACCAGUAUUGAGUGUGUCCAACAUGUCUCUCACCACUUGGAAACUUGAGCCAGACAAGUACUGCUGCUCAAUGGAGGGUCUCCUGCCAUACGGAGAGGUGUUCAUGGCUCCCCAAACGGAGGUCCUCUACCAUGUCAUAGCCCAACCAAACUCCAGAGAUGCAGUUCACAGCAUGCUGGGCAUGAACAGACAGCAAAUGCAGCCUUGUCCAAUGGUUGAGGAAGCACUGGUUCGUUUGGCCGUUGUUGCCAUGGAGAUGGUAGAGAAUGUGGAGAGGGGGGAAGAGGGGGAGGAGAGAGUGCGGGAGGUGUGGAGCCAGCUCGCUAACAAGUUGGUGUUUUUCUACUUCCUCCAGCUGAUCAACAUCACGUCAGUCAUCAACCUCCUACGACAGAAACUGUCGUCCAGUCAUUGCCGUAAAGGUCGCAGUUGGCUGAUGUGGUCUCUCCUCCAUUUUGUCACAAGCACAGUUCAGAGCAAGCUCCCAGCCCAACAGCAGCCAUCAGCUACCAGCACAGCGGCACAGCUGCAGAAAGAGUUUGUUCCAAUCUUGAACCUGUUCAGUCUCCUCUACCCAGAUCGAGAGCCUUUGCCUCCUCCGGACCCCACGAGACUUGAGGCUGUCCUGGACACCGCCAUGGCCUCUAUCUGGGUGGUCUACUCCAGUCGGGCUGCAGCUGAUGGUGUAGAGCUACCGAGACCUGUUCCUUACAUCCUCACUGCUCAGAUCAAGUGGCUGAUGGAGCAAAGUGAAUCUCUACCUCCUGCCUCCAAUCUUUCCACAGACCACACCGUGGCACUCCUUCUCUCCGUCUAUAGCAACAAUACUGAAGUCAGUUCAAAACUGCUCAAUAUCCUCAUCGACGCCGUGGCACCUUCUUCCUCGUCUGGCACCACCCCUGACCUCUGCAUGCUCCCCCUUCGCUCUCUGUCAACCAUUGCCAUGCAUGCCAAGAUCAGACUCAUGGACAAGGUGAAACACCAUUUGGUGCAGGUUGCUGAGGCGAGCAAGCAGCUGCCAUCUGGUCACCCCCCCACCAUUACUCCAGCUCUUCUCGAGACCUACUCACGACUGCUGAUAUGGCUGGGAACCAGGAAUUUCCAGACUCACCUGAUCCCAGCAGUAUUCAAGAGUCAGGCUUGGCCGGUGCUGCAUGCACUGCUGGAGGUCAUAGCGUAUCGUGUCCACCUCCAACUCCAGUACUCCUACCGCUUCCAGCUCCUCCAGCAGCUCCACACUGUGGUUGGAGUGUCCAUCAUCCCCACACAGCUGUUUGUAUGUGCAGAGAACACGACACUGCGUCUGAUCCAGGGUCUCAGUAGUCCAGAGUUCCUCCUCCAGCUGGCUAAGCUGUAUGCCAGCGACCCAAAACCAUUGCUGUCUCAGGAGAGUGAGGAACUGAACCGAGUGUUUGUGUGUGUGCUGGCCAAGAGCAUGCACAUCUCUAAUCUGGACACCACCAACUGGCUUGAGUCCUUCAUGAGAGCUGUCUUCACUGCAGCCCCACAGAGCUGGCCUGAGGCCACCAGCAGAUUCUUCCCAGCUAGCCUGCGACAGCUCUGCUCUGCACUCCACACUGCAGACUAUCAAGUGGCGUUGGUAAGCAAGGCAGAAGAGGAGUACAGAAAGUUCAAUGUGGCCAGAGGUAAUGUACAGAUGUGAAGCAGUAUGUCUGUGCAGGUGGUAGUGUGAGCUGUGUUCAGGUAAGGCCAAUGAGAGGGAGCUGAUCCAGACCUACACAGAUUCUGAAUCUGCCUCUCUCUUCCUCUGGUAAGUGUAGUUUCUCUCUUGCUCUGUCUACUCCACCGUUCCCCUCCUGAGCUCAGUGUUCUGUGGCAGCAGUUGCUGGAGACUGGCACUCUCAGCUCCACUUGUAUUAAGAUUGUACAACGGACACAGGCCAAGAAGUUGGCAGCCUAUGCCAGAAAAAUGGUUGACUACAUUGUCUUCACGUGUCCCUCUCCAUCCAGUGCCCCCCAGUUUAAUUCCGUGGUGGCCUACCUCAAUGAGCUGGUGUGGAAGUACCACAUAUUCCCUCUGGACAGACUUCUCCUCUGCAUGGUGAUGCGAGGGUAUGAUGGCAGGUAUGCUACCAUUGGUCUCAGUCUCAUCCACAACAUGCUCCUCACUAAUCAAGAUCUCCAAACCAGAGUAACCAGUCUUGUGGAGAAUGUAAGACCUGACCACUGGAACUGCCAGAACUGGCACUCCAUACAUACUGAGUUCCUGCACAGUUUCCCAGAGACCUUUCAUCCAGAACUGCCUGGAGUUCCUGCCACUACAUCUUCCACCAUGACUAUGUACUUCGGAAAUGUUUGUUUCCGAUUUCUGCCUGUUCUCUGCCUGUAUUUGAACCGUCUCCUGGAGAUACCAGAAAUGGCAGCACUACAUCUGGAAGAGACAUUGGACAAGUUUGGCUGUCUGUUUGCCUUCCACGCCCAUCCCGCCAACCACCUCUACACCACUUUGCACUACUACCUGAUGAGUCUGCAGGAGAGACCUGAACUGAAGAAGAAGUUGGUAGCUACAGUCAUGGGAUCUCAACGCAGGAUACGCAAUCUUAAAUGGUAUUUCUCUCCGUUGUUCUGUGAGUUUCUCUGUGCAGUGGAGCCUGUCUCUGGCUGGACUCCACCGACACAAUACUAUCGCAGUCUCCUGGACAAGUUGGUGAAAGGUCUGGAGCCAUUCAGCCUCUCCGCCCCGUCUUGUGACUGGCAGUGCAGCGAGUUCUCUGGCUCCCUACCCCUCUCUCUCACCUGUGCCUGUGUGGAGCUCUUGGGCCUCCCACUUGGCGGGACACAAGUGGCAUGCCAGUUACUCAAGGCUCUCUACUCAAUGGCUGAGGACAAAGAUUCUCAUGAGGAUGUACUGCCACUCAUCAAUGCAUUGGCUCUCAUCUUCAUAUCUCUACCGGACUGCUACCAGUCUGUUCUGUAUGACAGUGUCCUGAAAGUACUGGAGACUCUGGGACCAGAGACAAGAGUCAGUCCAACUCCUGUUAGAGGCACCCCAUCCUGCCUCCUCUCCCUAAUGCAUUCCUUUUGGUUGCAUGGCAACCUAGGGCUCUUGCUAGCUCUGCCUCAGUGGCUCCAGCUACAAGUAGGGGGUGUGGUCAGCAAUGAAGGGCAACUGCUGUAUGUCCUGCAGUUGCUGGGACCCAUCCUGCACAGAGUCAUAGCUGAGAAACCCAAGCUCCUGCUGGACAUUGUCAUGGAGAUAUACCGACUGUUGAAGGUGGUUGAUCAGCGCCAGAAGGGUCUCUUGCAGCAUUCUGACAUAAUCUGUGACUUUCUGUAUCCCCCACAAACCUCACCGUUCUCUCGUACACAGCUCUCUGUUAUUCCUUGAGUCAAUUCUAGAUACCACAUCAAGUACCGGCACAUUGGGCAUGCUCAUGGGAAGAAGGAGGAGAUAGAGCAGUUGGUGACAUCACUUCACCUCCCACUCAAGACUAGACUCAGAUUUCUCACUCACUCCCUAGCGGAGAAUGCUGACUAAUCACUGUCACAUACAACACACACUAAAAUACAUUUCGUACACGCCCCAUUACCAUUACUGCAUGGCCAUGCAUUAAAAAGUCUAAGGU